AUGGAUUUAGACGUAUGCCUAGAGGGUUCACCGGAUAUACAAAUAGGAGAAGUUUAUGAAGUUUUGAGAUCUUCUGGUCAAUACUAUCCUGCAACUAUAAUCGAAAGCCGUAUAAAUAGUGCUGGUGGAAAUAAAGAAUAUUAUGUACAUUAUUGUAAUCAGGAUCGAAGACUUGAUGAAUGGGUUACAGAGGAACGCAUUAGUUAUUCUGCAAAGUUAAAAUCUUCUGAAUCUAUUGAUUGCUUGUCAAAUUCUAUUGGAAAUGAUAUUCGAUUCACUAGGAAUCAAAAACGCAAAUUGAAAGAAACUAUUAAAGUUCAUCAGGAAAGUGAUUCUUUGGAUUCAACUACACAAAAAUUAGAACUUGAACAUCAAGAGUUUACUCGAGUGAAAUUCAUUGAUCAAAUACAAUUUGGCAAAUAUGAAAUUGACACCUGGUAUUUUUCGCCUUAUCCGGAAGAAUGUAGACAAGUGAAAAAGCUAUGGAUAUGUGAAUAUUGUUUAAAGUAUAUGAAAUAUUGUGAAACAUGGUUAAAACAUGUACAGUAUACUUGUAAAAUGAAACACCCUCCUGGUAAAGAAAUUUAUAAUCAUGGAAAUCUUUGUGUGUAUGAAUUGGAUGGAAAUGUACAAAAGGAAAAAGUAUCAGCUGAUAAUUAUAAUCUUGCCUGUAUUUUAACAUUGCCACCAUUUCAAAGACGAGGUUAUGGGCAUUUUCUAAUCAGUCUUAGUUAUGAAUUAGCCAAGAUUGAACAAGUUGUCGGUACACCAGAGAAACCAUUAUCCGAUUUAGGUCGGCUGAGUUAUCGUAGUUAUUGGGAGAAGGUUAUCUUGAAUUAUUUUUUAGAGCAUUCAGAUUGUACUAUGAAUGAGAUAAGUAAAAAUACCUGUAUUGCUAUUGAUGAUAUAAUUUGGACAUUACAAAAUCAUCCAGUCAUUACAAAUUGGCAAUAUGGUCAGCAUAUACAUAUACAACGUGAUAUUGUACAACAAUAUCUUGAUCAGUUGAAUGAACAACACUCAGCUAAAUUAUGCUUUCAUACAGAUAGUAGUAAACAUCGUAAAAUGAAUAAAAAUGCUUAUCUUCUUGAUAUUAAUCAUUUGAAAUGGGAACCAUCAACAAAAAGAAAUAACAAUAAUAAUAGUAAUAAUAAAGAAGUUAAGUAUCAUUGA